AUGGAAUUCGCCAUGAGCCUUGAAGAGCGUCUAGCUUUACGCCAGGAGCUUCUCGACGCAAAUGACAAGUUCGUCUUUGAUCUCCCCAAAGUCGAACUCCACGUUCACAUCGAGGGCACCUUGACUCCCGAGCUAAGGUGGAAACUCGCCAAGAGAAAUAACCAAACCCUCAAACUGGAGCGCACCGGAACUGUAUAUCGCAGUCUGGAGCAGCUGAAAGAGUCCUACACCAUCAUUCAAGCCCGGCCUGGUCAUAGAAUCGAUAACACUGAAGAGAGCUUCACUUUCUUCGAGGCGUACUACGGUGGCUUUGAAGUUCUUGUUACUGGGCAGGACUUUUAUGAUCUUGCUAUGAACUACUUCGAGCAUGCGGCUUCAGUCAAUGUUCGGUACUGUGAGCCUUUCUUUGAUCCCCAGGGUCAUACCCGUCGAGGCGUGUCGUUUGAGACGAUGAUGGAAGGCUUCCGUAAGGCUCAAGAAGAAGCCGAGAAGCGACUGAACAUCAAGUCCAAAUGGAUCAUGUGUUUCCUUCGCGACAUGUCACCAGAAUCAGCCAUGGAACAUUAUGAGGCCGUUCUGCCCUACCGAGAUAUGGUCGUCGGUAUUGGCCUCGAUUCAGACGAAAACGAUCGGCCUCCUCUCAUGUUUUCAGAGGUUUACAACAAAGCUAGACAAUCUGGCUUCCGAAUAACCGCCCACUGCGACGUCGGGCAGAAAGACACACUUCAAAACAUCAAACAAGUUGCUUCUGACCUAGGCGAGAACGGAGCAGACCGAAUCGAUCAUGGCCUCAACGCCGCUCAAGACCCCGAACUCAUCCGCAUCAUCAAGGACAGAGGCAUUGGCAUGACUCUCACACCGUGGGGAUACCUACGCCAUGAGCCUGUGGAGGAGAUCUUCCCCAGAAUUCGCACUCUGUAUGACGCCGGUAUUCCGAUUGCGAUUGCGAGUGAUGAUCCCGCUUAUAUGGAGGACUGUUGGAUUCUGCAUGAUAUGCUGCUUGCCAAGAAGAUGUGUGGGUUUAGUGAUGAGGAUAUGGUGGUUUUGACCAAGCAUGCGAUCAAUAUGUGCUGGGCGCCUGAAAAGCUGAAGGAUGAGAUGAGGGCUGAGCUUGAAGAUGCGAUAGCGAAGCAUUCUAGAUAA